ACUUGUGUGUCUUCAUUUCAGCCAGCAGCCUCAGAGGUGAGAUAAUGACUCCAACAAAGAGCAGGAGGGAGGAAGUUGGCAGCCCGUUUGCUCUGAACGCUUCUUAUGGCACUGCUGCUCCUCCCCGCCAAUUUAACACAACACACACACCAAACACAGGUAAAAUGUUGCUGCAUUGGAGCGUUCUGAUCGGCCUGCUGUGCCUGGGCCAGGCCGGCGGCGCCUGGGCUUUGGCCCGCCUGCUGGACAACGCAGAGCUGCGCUCGGCCUUCUCCGUGUCGCGCACCAGCAGCAUGGAAGGUGGACCUAAAAUGACCGUGACCUUUGACACUGUUUACGUCAACAUCGGCGGAGACUUUGAUGCCAAGGCGGGAUUGUUUCGCUGCCGCAUCCCCGGGGCGUACUACUUCUCCUUCACGGUGGGGAAGUUCCCCCACAAAGACCUGUCUGUGAUGCUGAUGAAGAACAGGAACGAGGUGCAGGCCAUCGUCUACGAGGAGAACGCCGGGGAGGAGAGGAAGGUUCAGAGCCAGAGCGUGAUGCUGCAGCUGGAGUUUGGGGACACCGUCUGGCUGCGUCUACAUGGCGACCCCCGCUACGCGCUCUACAGCAACACCGGGCACUACACCACCUUCAACGGCUACCUGAUCUACCCUGACACCUACAGCUACCAGACCCACCACCACCAGCAGCAGCACCAGCUCACCUACAACCCUCAGCAGGACACAGAGGACGCCAAGUCCAGGCCAGGACACGCAGAGGAGGAGGAGGAUGAGGAGGAUGGCCAGGAGUAUGAGGACGAAGAGGAUGAUGGGAGAUCCGCCUUCUCCGUAGGCCGCACCCAAAGCAUCCUGGGAAUCGACCAGGUGGGAGUACCGCAGCAUCGGCCGAUCGGCUUUGACACGGCUUUCGUCAACAUCGGCGAGGACUUCAACGUGACGGAGGGCGUGUUCACCUGCCGCGUGGCGGGGGCGUACUACUUCUCCUUCAACGUGGGCAAGCUGCCCAUGAAGACGCUGUCUGUGAAGCUGAUGAAGAACCGCCUGGAGGUCCAGGCGAUGAUCUACGACGACAGCCAGGGCGAGAAGGCCCUGCAGAGCCAGAGCCUGAUGCUGGCGCUGAAAUCAGGCGACAUCGUCUGGCUCUACUCCCACCAGAGGGACGGAUUCGGAGCCUACAGCAACCACGCCAAGUACAUCACCUUCACCGGGUUCCUGGUUUACCCCGACAUCAGCCCCAGCUCCCCCACUGCCACCACCAGCCAAUCAGAAGCAGCCAAGAAGCCCUAACUCCAGCUGGGUAGAAAAGACUGAGCAUCCUGGGUGGGAUCCAUGUUCACGUCACGAAAACACAACGUCUUACCAAGAGGUUUUGCUCUUAUUACACUGGAGAUAAGGCAGAACUAACUUACAUGUAGCCUUUCAGCAAAAUUGGUUGUUUGUUUUCCGUAAUAUGUGUCAUAAUUCCCUGCAGGUGGAAUCCCCAAAAUUUAAAUGGAGCCAUUUUAUGUACUUCUUUGCUCUACAUCCAUCAAAUUUUGGAAUCACAGUUUUAAAUAGACAACAUGCUGAGGCCAUAGAAGGUGUUCUGUUGUCUGCAGUCUGCAUUUCUAACUGUUUAUAUUGUAAUUGUCUCUUUAGGCAGCUGAUACUAUGUAGUAUACACACUUGAGCUCAUAAAAUAUGUCCUCUAAGGAACAGCAAAAACAUAUUCUGUUCUAAUAUUGAUGAAAAACUUAUGGUCCUGAUGGCAGAUUAUUUCAUUUCAAACAAGACAUUUAAUCCAUCAGUUGUUUUUUUUUGGGAAUAUUUAUGAAUUAUUUACCAACAACUGGCUCCUACAUCUUGUUGAAAAAUUACCUGCCAAUUAAUUUUGCCUUAAUUCAAUUGUACUAAGAUAUUUGCUGUAGAAACUGGGCAAAGCUACUUGGUAAGAUUUUGUGUUUUUGCAGUGAAAUAAUUCCUUCUGAAAGUCAAAGGAGUUUUGGACUCAGAACCUCAGAGAAAAUCUAUUUAGUUUAUAGCUAAUGGCUUCCCAUGUCAGGAGUGAAUCUCACUUCAGUGUGAAUAUUUCGCUCUAUAAUGAAAGUUCCACAACGUGUUUGAUUUUGCACAAAGGUUGCAAAAGUAAGAAAAUCAGAGUUAGCCCCGCUUCAAAUAACCUGCUAGCAUAAUUUCACCGAGCUCAAGAAAAAGUGUUAGCAUUGGUGGUGGGCACCACUAGCUAAAAUGUUAGCUGUGCUAACCCUAAGGAGCUAGUCAUAAGCCUUCUGCUAUUGGUGAAGUGCUAUCAACACGGUAUUUAGAGGGAGCUAAUGCUAAAGCGCUAUCGUCAGUUCAUAUUGGAAAGACUGCAACGCUAAAGCACCAAUUAAAUUCGACAUUAUAAUAUACUUAUUCUAUAAUUAUAUGUUUCAACUCAUGUUGAACUUUAUUUAAACUUUCCAAACAGCCAAGUAAAUUAUCCCUUUAGAAUCUAUAUGGACAAAUGAAUUUAGGGAAAGUGUGCUCAAUGUUCUUAUUUAGCGCACUUUCUGCACAACUGCUAAAUGAAACAUUAGCUGUUAGCAGUUUAGCAUAAGGAUGCCCACCACUGGUUAGCACAAAUACCACCUAUUUUCACUUUACUAGAUAAUUAAUUCUGGUGAAAUUAGUCAGGUCUAAUUAAAUACAAGCUGAAGCCAAUCUGGGUGCGGUUUUCUAUAACGGAUCAAUAAUAACUAUCAACAAAAUCAUAAAUGAAGCUUUGAAAUUCCAAGUAAAUUUAAGUGAUUCUAAAAUGAUAAUCUGAUAUGCUUAAAUGUUACAGACUAUCCACGACCAUACAAUAAAAUAUAAAGUAGAGUUUAUUUUAGAAGCUUCUAAUGUGGACUUAAUGCAAAAACUUCAUCUAAGCUAAUUGAAUUAAGGCUGAUUGACAAGUUUGGUUGAGUUAUGAGUGAAAAGUCUGAUCAAAAUGCUGUAAAAUGAAAGCAUUUCUCUCCAAGGAUCUAUUUCUCUCCUGUGAAAUAGAUUUACCAAAGAGUUGGACAUUCAUAAAUGCCCAUUUGAUCUGAUCAUUUCUGCAAAGUAAUUCGAAGCGAUUUAACCUUCAGUGGCUUUUGAUGAAGACGGAAUUUUCAGAAUUUUCAUUAUCUACUGAAAUAUUUCUUGAAGCUUCCUGUGAAACUUUUGGUGUUUCUGCUCAUAAGUAAGACGUCUCUUUACUCGUUUUGUCAUGAACCGCAUGUAAACUACUGUGAACCGUGUUGGGUUUUUGUGUCAAAAUGAGUGUUUUCUUUCCAAUAUUUGGGAGCUCGGUGUUGUCUCUCGGUGGCAGCAGGAGCGAAGGAUUCCAGGACAGAACUGACACAGAUUUGGAAGAGGAGCACGACUCCGUAUCCACACAACUGUUGACCACAUGCCUCCUGCGAGCCUGCGGGGAUCUGGGACGUAAUUUAGUUUCUAAUUCUAGCAGCAUUUAUUUCACGUCUUCAGACAGAGCCCACUGUGGGGAAAAUUGAAUUGCUUCUCCCAGGCUUCAUUGAUGUGCAUAUCUAAUUUCACACCACUGGGAAUAAAAUUAUACAGUUCAAACUGUCAUGAACCCUUCCCUUAUCAAACACCCUGUCCUCUGGAGGACCGCGGGGGUUCAACUUUAGUUUUGUUCAGUGUUUAGAUGUUUUUAUGACAUUGGUUGAAAAUUUAUGAGAAGCAAAGCUCCGAUUUUACUCCAGUCAGUUUUUGGCAAAAGAAAAAUGAGUCAGGAAUCAGCAGCGGGGAAACGUGUUGGGAGAGCGUUCCACAGAUCUGCAGGAAACUAUUUGAAAAUGUAUGCUCUAUAUGCAAAUCUCACCCAGUUUUAAAUGAAACACCAUUUCCAAAUCAGGCUGGAAAAAAGUGCUUGCUGUGAUUCCUGUUAGAAACCGUAAAGGCAGGAAAACUUUAGCAAAACUCAUUUCCUCUGCAUGUGUCUGACUGAGGGAGUGGAGUAAACAUGAAAACAUGUUUAUGUCUGAAGAUAAGCCUGAAAAUAUGAAUUUUCCAGUCUCACUAAUUGCUGAUUUCCAAAGCUUUAAGGCAGCAGCGACUUUUAGGAAACAAACUUAUGAUUAUUUUUCUCUCCCAGUUUCUCCUUUAGUCUCAGAUGAAAAUCUCUCUCCAUCUCAGCCUCAGUGUGAGAGCGGCCCAGGUUGAUUCAGCCGGCCCGACGCAGCUCAGGAAAUCAUAUUUGUUCUGUCCACAACCCUCCAGAACCCGUCCAGAACCAUCCAAACUCACCAGAACCCGUCCAGAACCAUCCAAACUCACCAGAACCCAUCCAGAACCUGUCCAAAAUCAUCCACAACCCUCCAGAACCCGUCCAGAACCAUCCAAACUCACCAGAGCCCGUCCAGAACCCUCCAGAACUUAUCUAGAACUUCCAGAACCCCUGCCGUGUGCGGCGCUCAGAUUCUUGUGUUAUGCAUGCAUGUAACUGAAAACAAAACAUCUGAGGAGAAAUGUUUCCCAUGAUGGCAUGUCCAGCUUCAGACGCCUGCUGUGUUGUUAUGUGAACCGUUCCUGUUUCUGAUGCUUUCGGUCAAAAAUAGUGUAUUUAAAAUAUAUGUAUAUAUAUUUAAUAUUCAGAUAUGAGUCAAAACGUGGUUCAGUUCCCAUUUCUACAGUUUUCCAAACAGUUUUGUCGUGCCAGAAAAACCCCUGGAUGAUAUUUUGACCCUUGCUGUCUUCUGUAGUCCAACUAUUUGAGAUGCUAAACAGAUUUUUACAUGUGAAGUGAAUGGAAAAAAAAAAAGACGUUCGUUGAAAUAAACGAAACAGGACAAACAUC